CAAAUUGCCAUUUACUACCAUCGGAACGGUCGAGUUGUCAAACAAAGAUGGCAGACGCUGCUGUUGAAACGGCGCCGAAUGAUGAAAAUGAUGAUACAUGGUUGUACGGAGAGUCCAACACUGAUCAAAAUGAAGGCUCGGAACCAAAUCUUAGUGAAAAAGAAAAACAACUUCCUUCGACAAUUGAAAGCGCGGAUCAAGAAACAGAAGAAAAGGAUCAGGAUGAAAAUGAAGGGAAUAACGACGAUUCCCAUUUUAAUGAUGAACACUUUGGAGAAGUAGAAAGAGAUGGACAGAGUCAGACCAAUGGUGAUGCUGAUAGUCAGGAUAAUGGAGAUUCAGACUCCGACGACAGUGAUGAUGUCAAGGUUACAAUAGGAGAGAUCAAAUCAGGCCCGCAAGCUUAUGCCAGCUUGAAUAUUAAGCGAGGGGUAGGCUUAGUUGCCUCAGGAGGUGACAAGCCUAGGAGUGGACCAGCAGCUGGAGGGAAGGUCACCCUUGAAGAUAUGGAUGGCCCUGGCAGCAUCAAUGGAGUACCUGCACUUGAAUUCAAUAUUGAUACAAUAGAAGAUAAGCCUUGGAAUAAGCCUGGUGCUGAUAUAUCAGAUUACUUCAACUAUGGUUUCAACGAGGUGACGUGGAGCGCGUACUGCGAGCGGCAGCGGCGCAUGCGCGUGAACGAGGCGGGCGUGGGGCUGCACGCGCCGCACGCGCCGCACCCGCCGCGCCAGAACGCGCCCGACAUGCGCAGGCCGCCAGGUCCAGUGAGACAUGAUGAUGGCCCACCUAUGAAUCACCAAAAUAAUUAUCAAUCAAGAGAGAACACUAUACAGGUAAUGACAGCAGAGCGGCGCGAGUACGGGCGUGCGGGUCCGGGCCCCGGCGCGGGACCCGGCGCGGGGCCCGGCGGACCCGGCGGGGGCCCCCCGCCCGGACCCGCGCCCGACUACUUCGCGCCUGACCACUACUACCCGCCGCACGCCAGCUACGAGGAGCCCUCUUGGGGUCCGCCAGAGCAGAGCGGGUGGGCGCCCACCGAGAUCAAGGAACUGACGCCGGGCCCCAUGGCACCGCCCUCCGCGCUCGGGCCUCCGAUGGGCAUGCCACACGGCGGGCCCCACGCUGGUCCCCAUACAGGGCCUCACCCCGGACCCCACGCGGGGCCCCACCCGCCCCCGCACAUGAUGCCUGCACCUUUCUCGCCCUACAGGCCGCACCACCCGCCCCCGCACCCGCUCGACCGUGACCGUGACCGUGACCGCGACCGCGACCGUGACCGCGACCGUGAGCGCGAGCGGGAGCGUGACCGUGACCGCGACCGGGUCCGCGAGCGGGAGGAGAGAGACCGCCGGGAGAGGGACAGGAGGGAAGAGGAAGAGAGGGAUCACCGCGAUAGAGAUCGUGAGAGAUCGCGUUCCAUUAAACCGGAUCGUUCACGUGAAAAAUCCUACAGACGAGAACGGUCACGGUCAAGGUCACGGCGCCACAAGUCGCGGUCACGGUCCCCGCGCCUUCGUGAUCGCUCUCGCGACCGUGAGCGCGCUUCCAAAGCGAAGCCGAAGGAAGCGAAGGAGAAGGAUGACGAAAAAUAAGUUAUCGUUGAAAUUACUUAUAGCAGUAAUCAAGUUUUCAUAUAAGUCUUAAUUAAAUAUAAUUUAAGAAUUUUUUA